AUGUCUUUUUCAAGAGCUCCACUGAAGAGGUUCAACGAGAACGUAGGUUGCGCCCCUCCACCGGGAUCCUACGAAGUCAAACCUGGGGACCUGAAAGGAGCUGCGUCCUUCGACAAAUCCGACCGAUUCCGACCUGUUAAAGCCGCCGCUGGUGCUGCUCUGCCUCCACCAUCGCCUUCCAGAAACGCCUUAGUGUCUCCUGUCAGAAGGACUUUGUCGGUUGAUGGUCUUGUUGAAGGAUCUAGCGUAAAGAAAGAGAGGAAUGGCAUGACAAUGGACAGGAAGCAGCAGAAACUCUUGGAGAAAGAGAUCCGGUCCUUGGUGCAGCAGCGAGGAGAACAGGACCGACGCCUGCUGACUCUGGAAGAGGAGCUGAAAAAGGUGGAGGCCAAGCUGCUGGCUGCAGUCAGAGAGAAGACGGGCCUCUCUGCCAAUGUCACCACACUAGAAAGGCAGCGAGCCGAGCUCAAGAAAGUCAAUGAGUUCCUAAAAAACAAGGUUUCUGCUGAUACGACUAAAAAGAGAAUCAAUUCUCUCACAAUGGAGCUGAUGGAGGCGAGAAAUAAUUUGGAUGUUAAAAACAAGGAGUUGAGUGUCCUGCAGGUUAACACUGAAGGUCAGCUGAAGGUGUUAGAAACUGACCUCCAAGCUGCCAAUGGUACUGCCACUGCUCUGAAAGACAGGAAUAAAGACCUGGAGGACCUUCACCAAGUAACGAAAGCCCAAAAUGAAGAGCUGGAGAAUGAAAAUGCUAGGUUACAAGCUGUAAUACAGGAGCUGAAAGAGGAGAUCAAAGUAUUACAGGGAUACCUGGAUGUAGCCAAUGACCAGAUCCAGGAUCUUCGUCUGCAGAUUCAAGACAAGACACAAGAGAAUGCUGUUGCUGGAUGUCAAGUGGAGAACCUAAAACAACUAGAGGCCAAACUAGAGCAGCGUACUGCUGAGCUAAAAGCCAUUGAAGAUGUGCUGAGACAAAAAGAGGGGGAGGCCUACAAAUUCCAGCAAGAGCUGCAGGCGUCAAAAGAUGCUUUAGGCGAAGUGGAAAGCAGGCUGGAGAAUCAAGAGCUGGCGCUUAGGGCUUCACAAAAGUCAGUAAGUGACAUGGAGGAGCAGAUGAAGCUGGCCAACCAAGAAGUUGAAGACUCUCAAGCAACAAUCCAUCAGCAGGAGGCAGAGCUUGUUCGACUAAAAGAGGUGCUCAGGAGAACAGAAAGGGAGCUGGAUGAGAGAGUGGCACAUCUGGAACAGAGGUGUCUGUACUCUGAGGAGGAGAGAAGCAAGACUCAGGAGGAGGGGCUGAGGAGAGUGGAGGAGCUGAAGGUGGAGCUGAACCUGCUAAAGGAGGCUAAAAAAGACGAGCAACAGAGACAGAAUCAGCUCCAGCAAGAGCAUGAUGCACUUACUGAGGAACUUUCAAAAGAAAAGGCACUUGUGGACUCCCUGUCUGUGCUGGUGGAGCAGGAAAGGGAGGAUUCUGAGGAGCGGUUGAGACAGCUAAAGGAGGAGAUGGAGGAGGUGCUGGGAGAGCUUGCUGUCAUGGAGGAACAGGAGCAGAGGAGGCAGGAGGUGGCAGAGAAGAGUGAGGAGGCCCUUCAGAAGCUGCAGGAGGAGAACAAGGAGAUGGAGAUGCAGCUGAGUGAUACCAGGGCACUUUUGGAGAGCACCCAAGAGGAUCUUAAGGGAGCAAAGGGAAAACGGGGAGAACUGGAAUUGGAGGUGGAGAGAGUGACCCACCAAAUGAAGGAGGCAAUGGAUAAAAUGGCUGAACAGAAAGAGGAGGUCAAGAGAGCGAGGGAGUGGCUAGAGGACCACCAGGAGAGCCAGACAGUUGAAGCAAAACAAAUGGAGGAGAACUCAAGCAGAACGGUCCUGGAGGUGCAGGCUCGCCUCGCACAAAAAGAUGAGGAGAUGAAGGCCACAGAGACGAGACAUGCUGCUCAGAUCAAUCAGCUACAGCAGGAGCUACAGGUGCAGACAAAGGAGACAGAAGAGGCACUUGGGCAACUAGAGGAACAGAGAGGUCAGAGUGUAACUCAGCUCCAAGAAGAAAGGGAAAAAGCCCAGAAACUGCUCGAGGAGGUCAGCAAGGAAAAAGAGGAGAUAAUGGAACAGCUACAACAAGAAAGAGAGGAGAGAGUUAAAAUUCAGACAGCCCUUCAGGAGGAAAAAGGAGCACUGGAGGUUGAAAGGAAAGACCAGCAGCAGGUCAGGUCACAGGUGCUCCGACUACAGGCCGAGCUUGAAAGAGCAGAAGAGGAAAGGACGAGUCUGCUGUCUCAUGUAGAACUCAAAGACCAGUUCAGGCGUGCUCUUGAAAAUCAACUAAGCACAGCUGAGCAGGACAGAAAUGAGCUUCGGUCUCGCCUGGAUGAGGUUGAACAAGGUGUGAGCUUCCAGGCCCAAUUAGACCUUAUGGAGGACAAGACACAGGCUCUGCAGCGCGAGUUGGAUGAACAUCGACGAGACAGACAAACUCUGAGAGAACAGGUAGAAGUUCUGACUCAGGAGAAGGUUACACUGCAGUGGGAGAUGGAGGAGCAGAGACAGGAGCUUCAAAGACAAUUAGCUGCAGCACAAGAGAACAGCUCCCCACGUUCAGAGACGGAGCACUGGAGGACACGAUAUGAGGAGCUGUUUGCUAAAGUCAGGCCAUUCCAGGAACAGCUCAAUGCCUUUGCAGCGGAGCGAAAUGCACUACUUAAUGAGAAUGGGGCAAACCAGGAGGAAUUAAACAAACUGGCUGACGCUUACGCUCGCCUCCUGGGGCACCAGAACCAGAAGCAGAAGAUCAAACACGUGGUGAAGCUGAAAGAUGAGAACGUCUCCCUAAAACAGGAGGUGUCUAAGCUUCGUUCCCAGGUGAGCCGGCAGAAAAGUGAACUGGAGCAGCUGAAGUCAAAGCUCCCCGGUGCUCCUCGCCGCAAGUUUGAUCCCAGCAAAGCUUUCCAACAUGACAAGGAGAACAGGCAAAGUGAAAGCACAGAACCUCUUAAAGAAGGUAACCAUCAUGUGUAAUGGGGGCUCUUCUAGCAAACAAGAUGUGACAGUACACUUUAAAGGUUUGAUGGUUUUGGUGAUGUUUUAUCAGUAAUUUAUAGGUUUAAACUGUAUCUCUACAUGCUGAUGUUUUGCCACCAUUUUUUGUGUUUAACUGUUUCGAUUUUAAAAAGAUAUUUUAGAAGCAAAAUGUGUGUACACAGGAGCCGUGUGUCAAAACAGUUAGGAGAUGGAUGGAUGCAAGUGCUAAUUGCUUAUAUUAGCGUCAAAAUAGAAGGUGCAUUUCAUUGUUAGCUGAAUUUGGUAAUUAUUUUUUAAUCCUUUUAACCUACUUGUGAACUCUUAGGGUAGCAGAACCAGCAACUGUUUCAUGUGGGAUAGCUCUUUAAAACCUUUGUUUUGUAAAUAAAGACAGAUUUGAAUAACUUUUUAACAGAA